ACCUUAUCAUUUACUUCACAAAAUUUCAACCUUUCCGUAAAAAUACAAUCCCCAUUGCUAACUUUAAACUGAUGCGACCCAAUCUACACCAAUAAAACCCACAGAACUACAUAAAAGCAAAAACCCCAUAAACCAAUAUUUUCAGCAUUUUUGCUUGUUAACACGAAAACAUUGAAACAAACUCAUAAAUAAAAACCUGAACCACCGCGAAAACUGGCUCGCACUGUUUAAAGACCCGAUCGGAUCGCUGAAGUGGACCCACGACUUUGUACCCGAUAGCAGCUGCCUCUGCUUCCUUCUCCUCCGGCGAGUACUCCCUCGUCGACUCCAGCGUUGCAUUCCCCUCUCCAUCACUGAUUUCUUCUAUUUCAUCUUCGUCAUCGUCUUCACUGCCAUCAUCGUCUUUGCUCGACGAGAGGUAGCGAGCUUGGGGCCAGAGGGUGAACUAGGACCGAUCUAAACUGGGAAUGAGUUUUUUGAGAUGGGGAUUUGAUAUUAGGGUUUUGAAGACGGAGAUAGGAGGUUUCGAUUUGAGGGAGAUGAGAGCCACCGCACUGCGUGAUAGUAACUGGAUACCCGUCGGUGAGCCAUGGGGGAUUGCUGUGCUCCCUCUUUCUUAUUGGCAGAAUCCGUAUCACCAGGGCUUAGCUUACCUGAAAAUGGGAUUUAUUCCUCCAGAUAAUUUUAACCUUGCAUUGCUUACACUUGAGCUGGAAUUCGUGAAGAAGGGGACUAAGAAUGAGCUGGUUGAUGCUGUUCUGCUGGCUAUGCAGUUAAAACAGAGGUUUAUUAACCAGGUUAUGACAGCAGGCCAAAGAGUUUCCUUUGAGUAUCAUGGGAAUAAUUAUAUUUUUACUGUCAAUCAAGCUGUUUUAGAGGGGCAAGAAGGAUCUAAUGCUCCUGAAAGGGGACUGAUUUCAAAUGAGACAUAUAUUAUCUUUGAGGCAUCAAAUUCAAGUGGAAUAAAGAUUGUAAAUCAGCGUGAGGCUGCCAGUAGCAACAUCUUCAGGCAAAAGGAGUUUAAUCUCCUGUCACUGGGUAUAGGAGGCUUAAGCAAUGAGUUUGCUGAUAUAUUUCGAAGAGCUUUUGCUUCUCGGGUUUUCCCUCCCCAUGUGACAAGCAAAUUGGGGAUUAAGCAUGUAAAAGGCAUGCUACUUUAUGGACCUCCUGGCACUGGCAAAACUCUCAUGGCCCGUCAAAUUGGAAAGAUGUUGAAUGGAAGGGAACCAAAGAUUGUCAAUGGCCCUGAAGUUCUAAGCAAAUUUGUUGGUGAAACUGAAAAGAAUGUUAGGGAUCUAUUUGCUGAUGCAGAGAACGAUCAACGGACUCGCGGUGACCAAAGUGAUUUGCAUGUCAUAAUUUUUGAUGAAAUUGAUGCUAUCUGUAAGUCAAGAGGAUCUACUAGAGAUGGUACAGGAGUUCAUGAUAGCAUCGUCAAUCAGCUGCUUACAAAGGGGAAGAAACUUCUUGUGUUAGGAACAACCAGUGAAAUGAGUUUCUUAGAAUCAGUUGGCAUUUGUGAUGCUUUCUGUGUCUCCUAUCAGGUUCCUAAAUUGAAGACAGAUGAUGUAAAGAAGGUGUUAGAACAAUUGAAUGUAUUUGCUGGGGAAGAUAUAGAUGCAGCCGCUGAGGCCCUGAACGAUAUACCUAUCAAGAAGGUUUACAUGUUGAUUGAGAUGGCAGCUCAAGGAGAGCAAGGUGGAGCUGCUGAGGCAAUCUAUUCUGGUAAAGAAAAGAUUAAGAUAGCUCACUUUUACGAUUGUCUUCAAGACGUGGUGAACACAAUAGAAUGUCCGAUCCCAAUCAUUAGGGCUGACUUUGAAAAGGAAUAACUCUUUCAACAACCACAAUUUUCUUUUUCUUUUUUAUUUUUGAACUCAGUGAAAAGUAUAUCAUUUUAUCAAAGUAUAUCAUUUUAUCAAAGCCAUACGGUAUCUAUAAAGAAAUUCAUAUGACAUUG